UAAGUAAUAUCAUUUUUUUGCACAAUACUAUGUAAGUGAAUGUGAGUCACGAAUCCACUAUCGACCAUCGACUUAUCCGUUGUAGAGUUUCAAGUUCACAAUAAUGACCUAGUGUAAAUAAAAAUAUAAUUUUAUAUUUUAAUACUACUACUAAAUUUGUGUUGGUUAGUCAGUGCAAGGAUUCAAACUGUAAGUAUUGAUACCUAUUUAAGUAGCUAAUAUAAUAUUAUGCCUAGGUUUAUAAUUUUAUAUUAUUAGUAGGUAGUUAAUAGAGGAUAUAUUUUAAUCCAUAUUUUGUUUGUUAAAUAUGUAAUAAGUAUAAUUAAAUUAUUUUUUAUGGGUUUGUAUAAGAUAUUUUUGAAAUUUUUCAUGGAGGUCAUGUCUAGAAGAUCUUACAGGUGUCAUCAUGUUUAGAAUUUUUUAAUUUGUAAUGUUAGCUAGUUUUUUUUUUAGUUAUUAUGUUAUUAUAAAUACUUUAAUUUGUAUAAUUUGUGCGUUAUGUGUUUAAUAUAUUAAAACAAUGACACAGAUGUCAGGUAUGACACUCCAAAACUAUGAUCAACUAAAUUUAAAAAAAAAAUAACUAUCAAUUGCUUAAUUUGUUUCAUAUUUAAUUGUUUUAAUUUAAAAUAAAAAUUAUUAUUGGAAUAGAAAAACUGAAUAAGUACCUACUUUUAGGGAAAUAAAAUCUAUACCUAUUUAAUAUUUAUUAUUUCUAUACUGAUUAAAAUCAUUCAUUAUUCUAAAAAAUUAAUAUUCUAGGAACAUUUUUAUAAUAUGUAUGGGGACUGCAUACUUAGUUUACUGAAUUAUUGAACUGGGGCCAUGGACUACUUUUGCGCUACCAGUGAUUUUAUUUUGUCAUAAAAUAAACUAUGAUAAUAAUAUUUUAUUUAUUAUUAUAUUAUUUACCGUCCAAAUAAUAUAGGUAUUUUAAAUAUUGAAAUUCACACAAUUAUUACAACUUCAUGUGUAUUUAUCAUUAAAACCAUUUUUAAAUAAAUUUGAACAAUGUAGUCUUAAUGGUUUCAAGUUUUAAUUAAAAGUCUACAAAUUUAGUCAACAGAUAGUAUUGUAAAUUGAAGAUCUGCAUUGCGAUCAUAGAGCAAUAUCACUAUGAUUAUGAUCCCUAGCACUUGUUUUUUGUUAAACUGCUGAUCAGAAGCCAAAACAUCUGUAGCGUGGUACAAAAAGUAUGAAUGAGCUGGAACUUAGCAAGGUCUAUAAUAAUACUCACAUACAAUACUGUAAAGUAACAAGUUCUCAAAGUAAAAAAUUACGUAGAUUUUACCUGUAGUUACCCGUCGCAGAAAUCAAUUUUUUUAGUAACAUGCCACAAAAAUUUUAUUUAUCUUUGUGUGAAUGUAUAUUUUGUUUAUGUCUAGUGUAUAUAACCAUAGUCAUUUAAACAGGCAUAGGCUUUCCAUUCAUCACUGUAUAGUUAAAACAGUUUCAACUUCUAUUUGAAUUAUUUAUAGCAAAAUUCUUUGUUAUGUGUGUUUACUAUAAAGUCGCCAUAUUAUAGUGCUCUCAUCAAACCCACCUCUCCUCAACAAUAAAGACAUUAUUUAUAGAUACAUAAAAUACCAUUAUUAAAAAGUUAUUGGACUAUUAUCACGUCUAAAAACUGAAUUUUCAAUUUCAACAUAUUAGACAAUAAACCAACCAAUUAAUAUUAGAUUUUUUUUUAAAACUUUAAUGACAUCUAUUUGGUCGACUCCAAGUAAUUUGGAUAAAGGCAAAAAAAAAGAACAUGAUAAACCUUAAAGACAUCUAAUUAUGUAAAUAUAAAUAAUAUAUUAAACAUUUUAAUUGAUAUAAUUUUAUCAGUAAAUUGUUUUACCGAGGCUCUAUAGACUAUGGAACUAGAAUCUAUGGAUAUAAUUCUAGUUUAUCUAAUAGUCACUUUCUAGUAUAAUAAACACUAUUGUUUUUAGUUAAAUACCAAUUUAACUUAAAUUGAGUUAAAUCAAAUAAUGUAUUUGAUAACUUAUAGAUACUUUUUUUUUUUUUUAAUGUUUCUUUUAUCAAAAUGUGUGUCAAAUUAUUAUUGCACAUGUUUAAAGGUUCACAUUUUAUAUUUUUAAAUAAUAAAAAGUUGAUAAUGCUUAAACAUUGUGGGUCCUUAUUGUAGGUAGGAAGUUAAAAAUGUAGGAUAAUAGAAUAUACAUGAUGUUUUAGUUGAUAUGCUGUAUGCAACGAUAAAUCAUUGUAAAUAAAAAAUUCUGAGCAGAAUAGUAUUAGUUGUACUUUUCUCAUAUCGUAUUGUCAACUUUACCCAAAAUCAAGUAUCAAAAUACGGCCCUAGGAAGUUUACUGUUGAAAAUGUCAGUGAAUGUUUCAAUACGUACCGUUCAGAAAUUCACCAUCUUUGAAGCGUGCAAGGAAAUAUUGGAGUAUUUACCUAUCUAAAAAAGUAUUACAAAAAUAAACAUAAGCAAUUCAUUUGAAUAUUCAAAAAUUGUUUUCAAUAAUAUACUACCAGGUGAAAAGCUCUUAUCUUUUAACACAUAACAUGAAACAAAGCUUUUCUAGGAGAAUGGGGACGGGUGCAGCUACUAUUGUAGGUGGGAAGUAGACAGAAAUUUAAUGUAUAUUUGUAAGCAACAAUUAACAAUUGCUAACGAAAAAACGAUUCUGAGCAAAGUUUAGUUGAUAGUGUUGUUUUGUCAAUAAUAUAAAAAAAAUAGUGUUAACCAUGGUUAAAUAAAUAUUGUAAAUAAUAAUAUAUUGUUCUAAAUGUAAAAUAUCAUAUUGACUACACGUACUACAUUCAAUUAUUUUAUAAUAAACAUUUUAAAUCUGGGUAUUUAAUGGGUACUACCAAUUAUUACAUCAUAAUGUGCAUGCAAUAGAAUUGAGUAGAUAGUUAUAUUUUAAUAGUAUUUAAUCAUUUUCCCAAAAAAAUAUAAAAAAUAAAAGUUUAAUAGAUUUAAUUAUUUUAAAUUGUAAGGUUAUGUUAGGUUAGUCAUUUUAAAACCAUUUUGUCAAUUAAUGAUUACUAAUUAAAUUUUUUAAGUUUUCUUCUGCUCUAGUGUAUAAUUGAUUCUCAAAAAACUUGUUUUUAAUAAUUCAAAUGGUUAUUAAGAUUAUUUUUUUUCCAAUUUAUUUAUAAUUAAUAUUAUUUUAAAAUGAUAUACAAUUAUUGUGUAAUACAUGAUAAGAUUUAUAUUUACUACUUUCUUUACAACCAUUAAUAGUUUGUUAUUAUAAUUUUCAGUGAACUGUAAGUCUGUAACUUGAACAGUGCACAUAAUGGAGGAAGAUUCUUCAAUUACUAGCAGAUUAACUAAACAGUCAAAACAAUUUCCUUUGUAUCCUAUCGGUAUGUAGAUUUAUAAUUUUGUAUUUUUUUUUAUUAUAAUAUAUGGAUUUUUCUAAAUUAUUAAUUUGUAUACAAUUAUUUAAAAAUUCAGGAAUAUUGGGAUUCGGAUUAGUUGCUGGCUAUGGACUUUAUAGAUUUAAAAACCGCAAGGGUGCGACAUCUCUGUACCUCAUUCAAUUACGAUUAGCUGCUCAGGCAACAACUGUAGGAAUUAUUGGAAUCGGUGUGUUAUAUAAUAUUUAUACCGAUGCAAUUAAGCCUAAAACUGAAAGCUGAAAACAAACAUGUAAGGAUUAUUAGUGAAAAAUAUUAUGAGCUAAUUUAGUAAUAUUUUAAAAACCUAGGUAAUAUUUUGUUGUCUACAUAUAUUAUUGUAAUUUACCUACAUACAAUACAGUAUAUAACUAUUUCCUUGAAGUUAAUGUCUAUAAAUUACUUAUAAUACCCUUAUAAUUCAUUACCAUUCAAUUUAUUUAUUUAUUGUACCUACUUUAAAAACAUAUUACAUAUUAUGGUAUUUCAUACUUUAUUGAUGUUUGUAUAAAACUAGAAAUAUUUUAUGCCUUAGUAUUGUAUCAUUGUAGGAAACGGAUUUAUAUGCACUUAAAGUCAACAAAAAAGCGCUUAAAAUGUCAAAAAAGCCAUAAAAAAUCAUUUAAAAAUAUUUAAAAGAGUUAUAAUGGUAAAGGGAUUUAGAAGUCCCUCCCUCCAAUGGUUCUUGUUCUUAUUAAAAAUAAUUUUUCAACACUACAAAAAUGAUUAUCUCAAAGUAUUAUUUUUCAAGUAAAUUUGUUUUAUAUUGUAUAUAUAUAUAAAAAAAAAAUACUUUGUGUUAGAAAAUUGUAUUCAGUUAGAAUCAUUAGCGAAAGAACUUUAAACCACUCUACCAUUUUUGCUUUUUUUAAUAUAUUUAAGUUUUUUUUUUACAGAUUCUCUUAUUAUGUACUAUGUAAAACCAAAUACCUACUUAGUAUUUAUUAUUUACUAUUAUUGUUUUGUUUACUAGCAUAUUAUAAUUAGUUAAUUAUUGUUUAAGCUGUGCAAGUAAAAUAUUAUACAAUAAUAUAAUAAUAUUUUUGAUUUAAUAUUAGUUUUUAUUUCCUAGCAUAUUAUAAUUAGUUAAUCAAUUAUUAUUUAAACUGUGCAAAUUAAAUAUAGCAUAUAAUAUGUUUUAUUUUUACAAAUUGUGAAAGUGAAGAAAUUUAGUAAACCAUAAAGAAGAACUUUGACUGUAACUUAUGACUAGGUAUGUUUUAGUUAGAUAUAGUACAAGUUCUGGAAUACAGUACACGUUAAAAAAAAAGUUUAUUUAUUUUCUGGUUUAAAUUGAAACAUAUUAGGACUAUGAAGUAUAAAAUUUUCAAUAAAUAAAUUAAAUUUGGAUUUCUUAAAUUAAGUGACUAAUAUAAAAUAUUAUGUAACUAGUGUUACACACUAGUCUAAACUUUAGACACUAAGCAGCACACUAUAGUUUGUCCCACAAGAGAACGGGGCAUUUCUGUGCUCACAAACUGAGCUCCAGCUAAUCCAGCAGUCCACUGUAGGUUGUUUCUUUCUCUACAUAACCAAAUGUAAUGUAACAGUGCAGUGUAGGGAAGCACGGUAGAAAUCGGUUUUGGUCGGCACACAGCCCGUUCUUUCUGGAGGUUUAUGGUUUUAUGACCAAAAAGGAUCUAUGGCUGAUUAUAUUAUUAUUAUGUUUUCUACUUAAAAUAUUACUUUAAUCAAAAAAUGCCAAGAAACCUUUUUUGUUGCAUUUUAAAUAUAGUUGAUCAUAAAGUAAUUUUUUGUACUCCUAAGCAUUUUUCUUAAUAAUUAAGCUGAACUGGAAGAAAACUGGAAUGUUUAUGAAAUUACUGGUUUUUUUUAAUUUCAAUUUUAUUUUUUGUUGUAAUUGUAAAAAUAUUCACAGAAAUUUGACAUUUUGACAAAUCAUGUUAGUCUUUUUUAGACAUGAAAAAAUUUGUCAGUUGCGGGUCAGAGGAUAUUGCUGUGAUUCCCAACGUGGGCUUUUUUAAUUUUUAGGGGGCUUUUUACUUAAGAAGGGCGAUUCUACUAUGACUUUCAUUAUUAAAAAUAAUUCACUAUUAUUAAAAAAAUAUUAGUAAAUUCAUAACUUAUUGAAAUGAAAUAUAUAUUUGCUUACAAUAGAAAAUAAUUAAAUAAAUAAAUAUUUUAUACACACUUCAAUAACAGCGAAAAAUCCCAUUUUCAUAUGAAUAUGUUCGACAAUAUUGUAUACUUGCAUUUAUUACAUCAAGC